AUGUGGGGAGAAGGAAAUAUUCGUUCGUAUGUCCAAGCACUUUUUAGAGGAAGUAUUACUUCACCUGUUUUAACUGUAAAUAGAGUUAAUGGCACUGUUCAUUUGAAGAAGAAUACUUUUUCAUGCAUUACUGCUCAAGAUGAUCAAAGAAAAUUGAAUGGUGUAAAGUUUAAUUUUGACACUCUUGUCAAAUCAAGUGUUCAAUUAUUUUGGGGUGUUUCAGAAUUAUCUUUCAAGAGAAAAAUUUUACAACCUUUUAAGGAUAACUUUGAAAAAAUUGUAAAUGAAGCAAAGGAGAAAGGAAAGGAAAAUUAUCAACAAGAUCAACAUUUGGAGGAUGACGAAAAUAUGGAAAGAGGUUUAUUGGAUGUGAAUGAAAAUCAAGUGGAUGAUAUUACAGCAUCAGUUUAUGAAACUCCUCUUUCUCAAAUAGAUAUGAAUAGACUUUUGACAUAUGAGGAAUAUGUAGAAAAGAGUGAUCUUAUUUAUUUUGAUAAGGGAUUAAACCAAUCAUUUGAAAUGCCUGUGGACGAAAUGAUUGAUCAAAACGUAGUUGAUAAUUAUUUUACAUCACUAAUUGUGAGAGAAACUCCUCAAACAAAUAAUAAUACCAAUAACGAGGAAGCUGAAAAUGCUGAAGGCCAAGUAGAAACAACAGCACCUGAAAUUCAGAAUACAGAGGAAGAAAGAUUGGGUAAUCAACUUACUCGUGAUUUACUUGCUGACGAAGAUGAAACAAUCCAAUCCGAUUCUAAACUUCCACUUGUUAUUGUAUUGAAACCAACUAAUUCAUCAGAUACCUUAAAAAGAUAUGAGGGAGAAGAUAGCUCACUUGAUUACGAUAGAGAACUCCAAUCACUUUACGUGAUUUGUAAUUUUAAGAGAUAUGAAAACUCGGAAGAAGGUGUAUAUUAUAGAGGAAAUGUUGUUAAAAUAUUUGCUCAAACUGAGUCAGAAUUAUUUGAAUUGGAAGAAGUAUACGGUGCCGAUGAGAAUGAUGAAAACGAAGUUGAGGAAUGUAUUGUUUGUUUCUCUGAACCAAGAGAUAUUACUAUUUUACCAUGCAAACAUAAGUGUGUUUGUCAUGAAUGUUUUUCAAGAAUUGAUAAGUGCCCAAUCUGCAGAACAAAUGUUAGAAGCUUCUUAACUGAUGGCGGUAAUACAACUACUGAGUCAGAUCCAAACACUCAAAACAAUGAAUCUGUUUAA